AUGCCCUCUUCACCUCAUGCGCACCCAGCUCCAGCACCCAUCAUAGCUGCACCUGCUCCUAUCGAGGUCAACGUAGCGCCGAUAAAGGAGGAAGUGACAUCCGACACAACUGUUGCUGGCGAGUGUCCAGAUGGUGGGCUCGCCGCUUGGUUGCAAGUGCUGGGAUCCUUCUUCCUCAUCUUCAGUACUUGGGGUAUCUUCAACUCCUUUGGCGCCUUCCAGACGUAUUACGAAGAUCAGGGGCUGAAUACAGCGUCUGCCAUCAGCUGGGUGGGCUCCGUGCAAGGCUGUAUCCUUCUAUUCGCUGGAGCAAUUACAGGUCCUAUUUUUGAUAUGGGCUACUUACACUCGCUCGUUGCGACGGGUACCAUACUCGUCGUACUCGGUAUGAUGAUGACCAGCCUAUCCACGAAGUACUACGAGGUCAUCCUGGCGCAAGGUGUAUGCGUUGGGCUCGGAGCAGGUUGUUUGUUCAUCCCUGGGCUCGCCAUUGUCUCCACGUACUUCCAGAAGAGACGCGCAGCGGCCCUAGGCUUUGCCAUCUCGGGCAGUUCAAUUGGCGGUGUGGUCUACUCUACGGUCUUUCGGCAGCUCUUGGAACAGGUUGGCUUUGGGUGGACGACUCGGGUGAUGGGUUUUAUAGCCCUUGCGACCUUAUCGACGAGUCUCGCUGUGAUGCGCCGUAGGGUGACGACGACGCAUACUCGACGCAAGCUCUUCGAAGCACAGGCAUGGAAGGAGCUUCCCUAUACACUGUUUUGUAUAGGGAACUUCCUGAGCUUCGUCGGCGCAUAUAUUCCCUUCUUUUUCCUCCCAGCGUAUGCUUCGGCCCACACCAACGCUUCGCCCACCCUUGCCUUCUACACUCUCGGCAUCCUGAACGGCGCAAGCACAGUCGGCAGAGUCGUCCCCAACUUCUUCGCCGACAAGACUGGGCCACUGAACAUGCUCAUCCCAUGCGCGUUCAUCACCUCCAUACUCGCCUUCUGCUGGAUCCCUGUCAACUCUGUCGGCAGUCUCAUCACCUUUGCGGUGCUCUACGGCGUCUUCUCAGGCGCUCUGUUGGCUCUCGCACCUCCGAGCCUCGCGAGUCUGACUAGCGACGUCAGCCGCGUCGGGACGAGGAUGGGCAUGGCAUUCGCGUUGGGCGGUGUCGGCCUGCUCAUCGGCAACCCUGUCGCCGGUGCGCUAGUGAACACGGAAACGGGCAACUAUGUGCGCGCGCAGGUGUUCAACGGCGCUAUCGUGAUGGGCGCAGCGAUCUUCAUGGGUCUGGCGCGGGUUGCUGUGGUCGGAUUCCGUUGGGUUAAGGUGUGA